AAGUUUCCUAGCAAGUGCCUUCAACUUGGUUAGGUUUUCUUUCUUUUUUGUAUUUGUGUUUUCCAACUUGGCAGAUUGGUAAGGACAUAUAUGCCGAGGAAGCAACAAAGAAUUCUUGGUUAUAAUCAUGCGGAGGCACUGACGGUGACAGGUUUUCUCAAGGAACAUAUAUAAGCUAAACAAUCAUGGGUGGCUUAUUAUGCUGUGUACAAGUCAACCAAUCCACAGUUGCCGUCAAGGAAAGCUUUGGAAAGUAUAAUGAUGUACUCGAACCAGGAUGCCAUUGUGUCCCUUGGGUUUUAGGUAGUCGCCUAGCUGGCCACGUCACACUUCGGAUGCAGCAGUUGGAUGUGCGAUGUGAGACAAAGACAAAGGACAAUGUGUUCGUUACAGUCGUUGCAUCCAUUCAAUACCGUGUUAUGGCUGAUAAGGCAAGUGAUGCUUUCUACAAACUUACCAAUGCAAAAACCCAACUCCAAGCCUAUGUAUUUGAUGUAAUCAGAGCAAGCGUUCCAAAGCUAAACUUAGAUGAUGUCUUUGAGCAAAAAAAUGAUAUUGCAAAAGCAGUUGAAGAUCAGCUUGAAAAGGCUAUGUCUACGUAUGGGUAUCAGAUUGUCCAGACACUCAUUGUUGACAUAGAACCGGAUGAGCACGUGAAGCGAUCCAUGAAUGAAAUUAAUGCCGCUGCAAGGUUGAGGGUAGCAACUAGCGAGAAAGGAGAAGCAGAGAAAAUCGUGCAGAUAAAGCGAGCAGAGGGCGAGGCAGAAGCCAAAUAUCUUGCGGGAGUGGGAAUUGCCCGGCAGCGCCAGGCAAUUGUGGAUGGUUUGAGAGACAGCGUGCUCGGCUUCUCGGUCAAUGUGCCGGGGACCACUGCUAAGGAUGUGCUGGACAUGGUUCUUAUCACGCAGUACUUUGACACCAUGAAGGAAAUUGGAGCUAACUCUAAAUCCUCAGCAGUGUUCAUUCCACAUGGACCAGGUAUGGUGCAUGAUGUCGCCUCGCAGAUUCGAGAUGGGCUGCUUCAGGCAUCCUCUCACUAGUAACAAUCAAGUCUCAAUUAUAAAUGAUGCGCCGGGGUCCUAAUGAAGGUGUGAUGUGGUGUAACUUAUGUAAGUGUGCUCUGCCCAGGACUGCUCACACGUGGUUGGAUUUGAGCAUUUUUCUUAUUGUGCAUAACGCAUAUCAAAAAAGUUUUAAACUCGUAAUUUGAAGUUCUGCCAUGUCGGAACUGCUA